GAAGUUAUUUGCAACCACAUGCCUCUAGCUAAGCUUAUGCACAACCUAGUCAAUUGCUAAUUUGCUACUGAGAAAAACCCCAAUCUUUAUUCCACUAGCCAAGAAUCAGCUCAUCAUGGAUUACUAUUACUGGUUCUUCUUCCUAUUUUCCAUACUCGUUAGUAAUUUGGUUACGUCCUCGGACGACAAAGUCCCAACCGGACCUAUAAUUAACGUGACUAAGCAUAUCUCUUUUCAAGAUUUCAAUUCCAACAAUCCUAGAUUGAAGCAAGAUCUUACACUUCUUGGCAGUGCCAUCAUCUCAGACGAAAAAACAUCCGUCCAAAUUCCUGACCCCGAGCAACAAGGCGAUCUUAAGCAUCUAGCAGGACGUGCUAUAUAUUCUUCCCCUGUCCGUUUGUUUGAUCCUGUAUCUCAAACAUCGGCUUCUUUUGAAACAACCUUCUCGUUUCAAUUCGAAGCAAAUUCCAAUUCGAGCAAUGAGCCAUCAGAUCUUGGCAAAUCUGUUGGUGGUAGUGGCCUUACUUUUAUUAUCGUACCCGAUGAAUUAACUGUUGGUCGUUCUGGUCCGUGGCUUGGCAUGCUGAACGAUUUGUGCGACGAUGAUUAUAACACAGUAGCUAUUGAGUUUGAUACUCGGCAGAACCCUGAAUUUGGUGACCCAAAUGACAAUCACUUAGGCAUCAAUUUGGGAAGCAUAGUUUCAACUGCAGCGAUUAAUGCUUCCGAUGUUGGGGUUCAGUUGAAUGACGGGUCAAUUCACAGAGUUUGGAUAUCUUACGAUGGGAAAAAACGUUUUAUCGACAUUCGUCUUGCACCUGAUGGCAGAGGAUAUCCUUCUAAAUCAGUCUACUCUGGUUCUCUUGACCUUUCUCCUUAUUUGAAUGAGUACAUGUUCGUUGGAUUUUCAGCUGCCACUGGUAACCAUACACAAAUCCAUAACAUCCUGUCCUGGAAUUUCACUUCAAUUAGUCAAGCUUCGCUUCGGAUUCCUUCAGCAGAGACAUGUCAGAAUAAAAUCAGGCUUCAAAACAAUCGACAAGCUGAGAUUGCACAUAGUAAAACGCCUAAUAGUUUCUUCAUUUUCCUUUCCGUGGUCAUUCUUCUCAUAAUUGUGCUUAUUAACCUUUAUUUUAGUAGCUACAAGCGAGACGACAAUUCCAAUGAAACAAUCAUUCUGCCCGAGAAAAAGCAGAGACCACGGCCACCAAAUAAGGCGCGUCGCUUCACAAUAGCUGAAAUUUCCUCCGCAACUCGGAAUUUCAGUGAGUUACAAAUAUUGGGCAGUGACGAGAAGAGUAUUACAUAUAAGGCCACGAUGCUGAACGGGUGCAACGUUGUUGUAAAACGAUUUUUAACUCAGUUUUUCAACACCCACGGCUUUGAAAAGCGUCAGUUUCACAAAGAGAUCAAGGCCAUCAGCAAAAUUCGCCACCCGAACUUGGUCCCAAUUAGAGGAUGGUGCUAUGACAACCAAGAAACAAUAGUCGUGUACGAUUUUAUCCCAAAUGGAAGCCUCGAUAAAUGGCUGUUUGGUGUUGGUGUCUUGCCUUGGACAAGGCGUUUUAAGGUUGUUAAAGCUUUAGCUGAAUCUCUUUUACACCUUCAUUCAAAGCAACUUGCUCACAAGAAUGUUAAAAGUAGCAGUGUUUUUCUUGACGUGAGCUUCAGAGCAGUAGUGGGUGAUUUUGGAUUCGUGCUAACUUCAUCCGGGUCGACCCGGUUUGAGUCAACGGUGAGUCAGACAGCCGAUGUGUUCGAGUUUGGUCAAGUUGUGCUAGAGAUUGUUGCGGGUCGGGGCAGGAAGUCCAACCGACCCGGAGAACGGGACUUGUUGGAUCUUGCAUGGGCCAUGCAUGAGGUACAACAAAAGGAAACUCUCGUGGAUCGACGAAUGGGCGCGAUCGUGAACCUGGAUCAGGCAAUUCGGGUAUUGGAUAUCGGGUUGCUUUGUACGUUGAACGAGAACAAAGGGAGACCUACAAUGGAAGAAGUUAUGGAGUUCUUGAAUAUGGAGAAACCGAUUCCUGAGUUACCAUCGGGUCGACCCGUUUGUUUGUUCCCGUACAACAGCACCACAGGCUUGUGCAGUGGGUAUGCUUGUACUGCAUUCAAAUGAAGCCACGUGUUAGUUGAUCAACAGAAAGUAGCCAAUUGGUGCUUAUCUUCCACGUAAGCGGCAAUUAUUCUAUCAGUAUGGGUCGAAAUAAUGACAGUGAUGAGCACAUGUAUGCUAUGUGACGUUAUUUUCAUGAUAUAGACGCCUGUUGUCUGGUCUCUCUGGUCGGAGUUAAAUAUCACAUGAACUCCUAGGGAAUAUUUGAAUUAUUGUGGAUAUGUACUGCAAUUCACAUGUGAUAUAUAAUUCUAUGUAAUCUUUAUUCCUCCAUAAUUUUGUACAUAAUAAAAAACGUAAUUUGUAUGACAUUUUUAUUGA